AUGCCUGCUGACCAACUCCUCAACACCGUCCUGCAGUAUUACCAGGAGCUUCACGAUGCGGCCAAGACGGAACAAAUCAUCGGCACGACCGCGCACCUGCUCUCGCAGCUCUCCAACCCGCUCAACCUCGGCGUUCUCACGUCCCAGCUGCUGACGGCUCCUGCAAUCUGGGAGCGACACGAUGGAUUGCGCACCUCAGUUCGCAUCAUCAGCAUCUACAACAGCGCCGCGAUUCGCGUUUGCGAGCAGGAGGCUCUCAACGACAAGAACAAGCUGGAAGGCCGGCCUCUCGAGGGAGGUGCUCUGAAAUGCGAUGUCUGGACGCGGGCGGUUGUCAAGGGCGCGGAUGAAUAUUCAAAACGGUGGCAGCAUCUGCUGGUUCUGACGGGCGUCCUCAUGGGCAUGGAGGGCAACGAUAGACGUGCGCUGUCUGGCAGCCUCAGAGGGACCCUUGGGCAGUCGGUUGUGCUGGCGGCAAACAUGGCGCUGGAGAGCCACCGGCAGGAUGGACCGCUCGCUGGCGCUUCGAUUGCGUUGGCACUCAACUUCUCGUUUCCUCUGCUCUCCGAGUUCCACAAGGCCCAGAUCAACUGCAAUGAGCUAUUGCCCGUCACCAUCUGGGCUCUCACCGGCCCCGAAGGCUUUUGCGAGGGCCAAUUUCUUCAGGUUAUCGGGGAGAGCAUCACGGAGGCUCCCGGUCAGCUGCUCUCCUGGACUUCGCAAACGCCCUCGUUCCAACUGCUGCAGGCCAUGGACCAGCGACCUCUGAUGGGAAACAUUGGCCCGUUAUCGAAGCUUGCAGCCUACGCGGCCCUACAUGCCACUGACACGAGCGUUGUCCUGGCUGCACAUGAUGCGCUGCUGGUUUUCUCGCGCCAAGUGCUGGACGCCUGGCGGUCGAACCGGUUCAACGACAUUGAUCCCGCGUUUGAGGCCGACAAGCUGAGUCUGGAGACGCUCCAGAAGACGUGGCCGGUGUUGUGGCAAGUCUUUCGAAAGCUGCUGUUUGGCGCUGUGGCUGUUCUGCAGGCCAUCGUUUCCCGCAGUCUACUCGAUCACCGCAUGUUGAAUCCCGUGGCUGCGUCGGAAAUUGCUGCCAAGUCACUGCACAUUCUGCGGAAUCUGUAUUUCAUCUCCAACCGGAACAACAACAGCGCUUUCCAGGUGUAUACGUUCAGCUACCUAACCUCCAUCGACAGCCUCUCCCGGCAUCCGGCCGCAUGUGAGCUGUUGCUCAAGGAGAUUCGUCCCCUCGAGGCUCCUACUGCUCCCAUCACACACCUCGCAAGGACGCUGGAUCUGUUUUACUUGAACGUUGCCGAGCACUUGCCCCUGGUGCUCUCCACAGCAGCCUGCGAAGCUCUCAUCAUCAAGCCAGCGACUGCAUACCUCUCCCAUGAAGGCCCAAUGACCUCAUCAACGGUCGAACUCUUUGAAUCUUCCCACAGCGCCAUCCUCUCUGUUCUCUCCUGCCCGCAGCAUAGUUCACUCACCAUUGACAUCACUCCCUUCUACAUUGUCAAGCUAUUCGAAUCCUUCCCCCAACAAAUUUCCCCACGGCAAUUCCGAGUCGCCUACAAGACUGUCAUGCAAAUUGUCUCUCCGCCUAACCCCAUCGCCGCAAUGGAGCCUCAUCUUGCGGAGACCCUGCUGGAGAUGCUUCGGGCUUCCAUCGCCACCGCAGGCACCGCGCUUCUGCCUCAAACCCCGGAUGCUGCACCGCCAGACGGUACUUUGCCGGAGGAUGCUUCCAAGGGAGCCCCGGCUCCUUGCUCAGAGCAGAGUUCACUGACCAUGGCCUUGGUCGAUACGCUGCCUUCCGUGCCUCUGCAUUUGGUGGAAGAAUGGCUUACCAUUACGGCACAGACAUUGAAUAUGAUUGCAGAUCCCAAGCUUCGAGCACCAGUAAAGAAGCGGUUUUGGGACAUUCUCAUCAAUGGAGAGAUGGAUGUAGAAAGAGCAGCCAUCGGAGUCGCCUGGUGGGGGGAUCAAGGUGGAAGGGAGCUAUUCGUCUCCAAGCCCGCGCAAGAAGCGGCCCUGAUGAGCGGCGCAAUUGUGUCUAAUGACCAGGUGGCCAGCAAGUUGUGA